GAAAGAAAAGAAAUAAGUAGCUGGAAGCGUUUUUAUUGAAAAACAAACGACAACUUUUAUGUUUGUAAAACUUCCGUCUUCAUCAUUAUGGAAUGCUAAGUAAAAACGAUUAAUUUCUAACAAUAAGUUUCUAAUAAUUCCAGGAAAACUCCUUACCAUACUUUUCGGAAGUCUCUUCCAUUAUAAAAUUUCCAAAUAAACUGAGAAUCAAGUAAUCAAAGAAUAUUAGUUUUCUUUUAAUGAAAUGUAUGAAAACUUUUGCAGCCCUUUGUAAGCAGUUCACUUUUAAAGUUAAAGUUUACAUUUUUGAACAGCAAUGGCCAACGAAGAAAGGUAUACGAAAACCAAAAAUUAUGUAAUGCAGCUAAUAGGUGAUAAGUAUGAUUUGGAAAAAUUGAAAAACUUUUUUAAAGGAGAUAUAGAUUCACCAAGAACUUUAAAAAAAAUUAGAGCAAUUAAAGAUUUAAUUACUGUCUUAGAAGAAAGAGAUUGUCUAAACUAUCAGAGUCCUAUGCCUUUAUUUUAUAUUGGUGAAAUUUUAGAAAAUGAAGUCAUUAAAAAAGUAAUACAACUUUAUAAACAAUGCUAUCUUGAAGGCCAAGCUAUUGUAUGCCUUUGUGGUCAGAAAGUUGACUAUUGUCCUUCUUCUUCAUGUUUACAACUGGAAGGAAAUUGUUCUCAAAAAAGUUCUUUGAGAAUUAAUUCUUCAAACAAUGAUCUGAUGGAUGCCAUAAAAAAUGUAGCAGACCAAAUUGAUUUGAAAUUUUGGAGAGUUUUAACUAGUCAGCUGAAAGUAGAAGAGGGUAUUAUCGAUGAAAUUUAUGAAACAUAUCCUAAAGAUCCAAAGAAACAAGUUUUAGCAGCUAUGGAAUAUUGGAUGAAAAAUGAAAAAGAGAAUGCCACCGUUGAACAGCUAGACAAAGCUUUGGAUGCCCGACUCUGUAAAAGGAAAGGCAUUGGAUCCCACCUUCGUAAGCCUGUAGUGAAACUUUGUUUAUAAGAAAUGUUUAUUGUUUGUGGUUUAAUUUUAUUGAUGAAUGAAUGACUUCUGUGUUAUUGAAACUCUAAAUUCUUAAUAAAAAAAACUUUGCUAAGUUAGCUCUUUAGUUCUGUGGCAGAACUUUUUAGGGUUUUCUGCGACAUAACACUCUAAUACUAAUAUUUUUCUGCAAGAUACUUUUAAAAAUUACAAAUAUACAUGUUACUAAAUGAAAGUAACAAAAGCAUCAACUUCAAAAAAAAAAAAAAGAAACUUUUUGGAUCAACAAAUAAAUUGUUUUAAUUAAAUAUGUAAUAUUUUUUAUGCUAAUAUUAUGGACUGUAUUCUCACAUUUUGUAGGGAGUAAUCACCCUAAUUAUUUCCUUUUUCGAAUUUUGUAAAUCAUCAUCAUCUCAUUUAAAAAAAAAACUAAAAAAUCGUGAAAUCCUUAGCAGUAAAUCGGACACUUCAAAAAAGGGUUACUGAAUGCUAGUUUUCAUUUCGAGAUUCAGUUGUUGCAAUAAAUAAUGUUGUAUUAAAAAUAUCGGAUUUUAGAACUAUAUGAAAAUCAAUAGUAAUAAUAACUGCAUUAAAAAAGUAAGAACGAAAUUUUCUGCAGAAGAGAGAACCAAAUUUUUUACUUUAUUUUUCAUUGUUCUCAAAUGAGAAUAGAAAAAGCAUUUUUUUCCACUUGGAUGCACGAGAAAGGCAUCUUUUGAAAAUAAUUCUGAUGAAAAGAUAAAAUCUUCCGCAAAUUUCUGCAGAAAAAAAAAACAAAAUUUUUACUUUCCAAAAGAAAAAUCUUUUUUCAAGAGCUCAGUAAUGUUCUGCGACAAUGUCGCCAGGAUUCUGCCACGGGGUUGACAACAUUGCUGUCACUACUAUAGAUCUUCUAGAAUCGUUAUCAUAUCAUUCAAAGCAGUUCCAUUCUCAAUUUA